GCGAUUUCCGGGAACCCGUCAGGAAGGACAUAAACAAAACAAACCCCAGGCAGCAUGGAAAGGGGCUGCGGGCCCUGCAGCCCGGCCGGCCCCCGCCCCUGAGGCGGCUCCGCACGCCAGAUUUGCACAGAAUUACUCAGAACAACAAAAGGAAACAGGGAUCCACGCCUUCCACUUGAUGUCAUUCUGGACAGCUUGUCUUUGACUGUGGAAGUCACCUUUUGUCUUGGAAAUUAGAAAGAAAGCUGGAAAGGACUUUACAGACAAGAAAAAACCCAAGUUUGGAGUUGGACUCACGGGAUCUGGGCUUGGAAAUGCCUCAGCCCAGUGUAAGCGGAAUGGACCCGCCUUUCGGGGAUGCUUUUCGAAGCCACACCUUUUCAGAGCAGACUCUGAUGAGCACAGAUCUUCUAGCAAACAGCUCAGAUCCAGACUUCAUGUAUGAGCUGGAUAGAGAGAUGAGCUGCCAACAGAAUCCUAGAGACAACUUCCUUUCUUUGGAAGACUGCAAAGACAUUGAAAACCUGGAGUCUUUCACAGAUGUCCUGGAUAACGAGGGUGCUUUGACCUCAAACUGGGAACAGUGGGACACGUACUGUGAAGACCUAACGAAGUACACCAAACUAACCAGCUGUGACAUCUGGGGGACGAAAGAAGUGGACUACUUGGGUCUCGAUGAUUUCUCUAGCCCAUACCAAGACGAAGAGGUCAUCAGUAAAACCCCAACGUUGGCCCAGCUCAAUAGUGAGGACUCUCAAUCUGUUUCUGACUCCCUUUACUACCCUGACUCGCUUUUCAGUGUCAAACAAAACCCCUUGCCGUCUUCAUUGCCUAGUAAAAAGAUCACAAGCAGAGCCGCUGCCCCUGUGCGCUCUUCCAAGACCCUUCAGGCUGAGAUCCCCUCAUCAGACUGCAUCCAGAAGGCAAGUAAACCCACUUCAAGCACACAGAUCGUGGUGAAGACCAAUGUGUAUCAUAACGAGAAGGUGAACUUCCGCGUGGAAUGUAAAGACUAUGUGAAAAAGGCCAAGGUCAGAAUCAGCCCCGUGCAGCAGAGCCGGCGCUUGCUGAGCCACGUCCAUGCAGAUGCGGUGAAGGAGAACACCUGCUACUGUGGUGUCGUAGCAAGGAGACUCGAGAGAAAAGGGAUGGAGCCUCUUCAGGGUCAUGCCACUCCAGCUUUGCCUUUUAAAGAAGCCCAGGAACUAUUACUCAGUCCCCUGCCCCAGGAAGGUCCCGGGCCAGUUGCGGCGGGCGAGAGUAGCAGCCUUUCCGUCAGCAAGUCGGUCUCAGAUUCAUCCCAGAAAAAAGAAGAGCACAAUUACUCCCUUUUUGUCUCUGACAACGUGAGAGAACAGCCAACCAAGUGCAGCCCUGAAGAAGACGAGGAGGACGAGGAGGACAUUGACGACGAGGACCACGAUGAAGGGUUUGGCAGUGAUCAUGAACUUUCUGAAAACGAGGAGGAGGAGGAAGAGGAGGAAGAUUACGAAGAUGACAAGGAUGACGACAUUAGUGACACAUUCUCAGAACCAGGGUAUGAAAAUGACUCCGUGGAAGAUUUGAAGGACAUGACUUCACUAUCCUCUCGAAAGAGAGGGAAAAGAAGGUACUUCUGGGAGUACAGCGAGCAGCUCACACCGUCACAGCAAGAGAGGGCGCUACGGCCAUCAGAGUGGAGCCGAGACACCUUGCCCAGCAACAUGUAUCAGAAAAAUGGCUUACAUCAUGGGAAACACGCAGUAAAGAAGUCACGGAGAACUGAUGUGGAAGACCUGACUCCAAAUCCCAAGAAACUACUGCAGAUAGGCAGUGAGCUACGGAAACUGAAUAAGGUGAUCAGUGACCUGACUCCGGUCAGUGAGCUUCCCUUAACAGCCCGGCCAAGGUCACGGAAGGAAAAAAAUAAGCUGGCUUCCAGGGCUUGUCGGUUAAAGAAAAAAGCCCAGUAUGAAGCUAAUAAAGUGAAAUUAUGGGGCCUCAACACAGAAUAUGAUAACUUACUGUUUGUAAUCAACUCCAUCAAGCAAGAGAUUGUAAACCGAGUACAGAAUCCAGCAGAGGAGAAAGUACCUAACAUGGGGCAGAAGCUUGAAAUCCUCAUUAAAGACACUCUUGGUCUCCCAGUGGCGGGGCAAACCUCGGAAUUCGUUAACCAGGUGUUAGAGAAGACAGCAGAAGGCAACCCCACAGGAGGUCUCGUAGGACUCAGGAUCCCGACGUCCAAAGUGUAAUCAGCCUCAGUGGACCACUGGUCAGAAGUGUCUGUGUGUGUCACCGUAGUCAGUGGAAAUUUUCAUUCUGUUUUGCAUGUCAGUUUAGCAUAUGUAAACAUUUACAAUUAGGUUACGUUGUUUUAAGAACUACGUUCGUAGCAUAAGUAAAGCAUGAUCCAAAAUACUUGAUUAUUGCAUUUUCAGAGCAGAAAGCAUGUUUAAAACUACUGCUGGCAUCAGAAUUGAGGCGGUUAGAUGGGAGUUGGCCUCUGGGUGCAGACUGCAAAAGCUGCUGAGGCGGGGCCUCCUGGAGGUGAGGGAGACUGGUCAGGGCCAGUGUUCUGGCGGGUUUGUGCUCUGAAUCACACACACAUUGAGGAAGCGUUUUUUUUUUUUUUUUUUUUAAACAGUCGACUUAGAUUGUUUUUAGAAUUAAUGGCUUUUUGUUCUAAUUUUCCACAACCAUUAAUCUCACUUGUACAUGGCACAACCCAGCACUCAUGCCCGGGUGCCGUACUAGAUGUUCACUUUGGAGCUCAAUAGGGUCUAUAUAAAUACAUACAUAUACAUAUAUACAUAUAUAUAUAUAUAUAUAUAUAUAUAUAUAUAUAUAUAUAUAUAUAUAUGAUGUCUGUGCAAGUAAGAAAAACAGCAUAUUCUUUGUGCCUUGUAUUUUUGGGGAAACCAUAAAACUGGUAUAAUAUUUUGUAUGAUGAAAACCCUCCUGAGGAAAAACAUGAUAUACAGAUGGGAAAAAUUAUGGGGUUUAAAUGUUUUUUCGUUGUUGUUCCAACUCUUUUUCAAGAUUUUUGAAUGUAUAUAGGACUAUGUUGAAAUGUAGAUAUAUGCCACAGAGUCUGUGUAUUGUAUAAAAAACAAAACAAAACAAAAAACAAACAAACAAAAAGAUGGCUCUAGAAAACUCCUCUUUCGGUACUUGACCGGAAGAAGACAAUUCCUUCCACAUCAUUGUGAUUGUCUUAUUUUUUGUACCAAAGACAAAUGCAACUGAUAUGGCAAACUGCCAGUCUAAGUAAAGUUUUGCACAGCUUACAUGAUACUGUAUGAAUGUAUGAAAAAAUAACAAGGAGAUAAAGGUCAGGGUUAGGGAUCUUACUGAACUGUGAAUCUUAUUUCUGUUUGGGUCCAAUUAUCUACAGAAGGAGCAUCCACACAUACAGAUAUUAUUUUUUUGCUGUUCCUCUAGUCCGCUUCAUAGUAGAUAAGUUGGUGGCCAUUUAGGUGUCUUGUAAAAGUCUUUACUUCUGCACUCAUUGUAGGAAAUUUUAAUAUAUUUCAUUUUAGUAAGCUGUUGGUAAAAAUAGUUUUUGACCUUGAAGAUUAAAGUUUAUUUAGCUUAGUGUAGUAUACUUCCACCAAACAACCAAAAGACAGAUUAUUUUUAUUGUAUUAUGUAUAUAUAUGUAAAGAAAGAAAAAAGCUAAAAAUAUCUAAUUCUUUAGUUGCCACUUUUCCAAUUGAUGUAUUAUUGUGCAUGUAAUAUUUUCAGAGAUCAACACAAGCUUAAGACAAAACCAGAAAAUUUAUAGAUUUUUAUAUUUUUGUACAGGUCUUUUCAGACUCGCUUCUUCAAACUUCACAUGUGACUUAUUCUUCUAUAGUUUCUAGAACUGAGAACUACUAACACGUUUAGUUUUUAGGUGCUCCUUUUUGCUCACAUCAAACAGCUCCAUUAUUAGUCAGUGUUUUAACCGCGGUAAAGCUUUACCUCUUGAUGAGCAACUUCUUGUGUCAAGGCAACAUUAUCAACCUUCCCUACAGGUUUUGCACCCUGUCUUCCUUACCGUCUUAUUCCCAGAUCUUUAUGUUUUGGACCUUUGAAACCAUUGGUUUACAAAUUAUAUUUUAAAAAAAAAUCUUAAUCUAGCCAGGAUAAAGAAUACCAAAAAUUUCAGCCCUAGCUGCUGGGGAAAGUAUGUUUCACCAACCAUGACUGUAUUCCCUUGGAGGAUUUACUUUCUAUUGUUUGUUUGUCUUUGCGGUCUGUUUUCUUUCCUUUCCUUUCUCUCCCCCCUCUCCAUUUGUAAACCAGAGCACAUGAAGCCAUAGUUCAUAAAGCACAGAUUAACAACUGAGCAGUGUUGCUUGCAGGCUUCCUUGGCAUCCUGCAAAAGGAACGCAAGAGAGACUGUAGCUGAACUGUGACGCACAAGUUUCCCGUGUGCUUGGUGGGGAGGUACCUGCUUAGUGCACUGACACUAAAUAGACGAUAAGCUCACAUCUAACGGUUUCAUAGAAAGUCAGCUGAUUGCUUAAAGUUUUCCCUUUGAUAGGUGGGAGGAGGGAAAGCACAGGUUCAUAACGGGGUACAUGAAGACUCGGCCAGCUUGUCUCUGGUCAGGCAUGUUCCUAAACGUGGCCAUUUUGCAAUCACGUGAAAAAUCACUUUCAUAAUAGAGAUUCGGCUGAUGAGGUUUAUAAAAUUGCCCCUUUUCUAGCUGCUCUGUUAGAAAUUCUGGUUUUGGAUACCUUUUUUCCUGUCUGCAAACCAGAAUUUUAUUUUAUUUUAUUUUAUUUUGGUCUUGCAUUUCGAGAAAAGGAUUUUUGAAUCUGUUUAGUAAAUUCCAUGUUCUUGCAUUUCAGUGUUUUAUAUGUCCUGCUUAUGUUACAUAUUGAAUAGUUAAAAGCCUUUAAAUAGUUGAGCUUUUUAAUGUUGACACUUUAUUUUGUACCUAUUUAUAUAUGUAUGUAUAUCUUAGAAAAGCACUUUGUUAAAAAAAAUGCAUUUUAUAUGAUUCCUGCCAUUUGCUGCUAAAUCUGGGCUGGUCAGAAUGCUGCAGCGAUACUUGAUUUAAAAAAAAAAAAACACCUGGCAGUAAAAUGUAGAGUGCAAGUUAAAUCCUCUGGCUGUUUUAAUGUCGCCAGAAGGAUGACCUAGACGAGCUGUGCAGCUAGACGUUUUAACCAGGGGACUCUGUGGCAUUUAAAACCGGCUAGAAAUGGUUGUAUUUUUAUGCCAGUAAUAAUCUGCUUCCUCUAUUGUCAGUAAGAUGUAUACUUUUAGUGUAUUACACAAGCAGAUCUUAUUAGGGUAAGAUAAAAAAACUCAACAAUUGUACAUGUUCUGUUUGUUCAAAUGGUGGCAUGUAUUUUUGGUUGGAGAUCAUUAGAGAAGAACCCUCUAAAGAUUUUCUGUGUUCAUACAUGGUGUCCAGAGAGCUCAUGAUGAAGUCCAGAAUCUUAACUUUCAGUGAAGGCAUUGUGAAUUCACCUCAAGCAAAUCCUUUGUUCCAAAAACAAUUAUAAACUUUGAUGCUAGUGCUACUAUGAUUAAAAAAAAAAAAAUCAAAAACAUUAAAAAAAAAGUUCUUCGUUUCUGAUACACUGGGUUCUUUAUCGAGUUUGUUUCCAUAUGAAAGCAUGCUGUCCAGUUGUUCUUGUUAAAAUCUUGUCUGAGCUUUGAAUUGGGUGCCACACUCCUUCAAUCAAUACAAUACGGUUCCUUGUUCUACUGCACCAUGUAUGAUUCUUGUCCUUUCCUGUGUCCUUCAUGACAGAUUAUGAUGUGGCUUUAUAUUGUGCCUUACUUGUUCACUGAAAACAAAAUGUCUUCAUUCCCUUCCACUACCUAAAUCUUUUACUUUGACUUUUUUUGGUAAGAGAAUCAGAGCUAUUAUUUAAAUAAAAUAAAAUAAAAUAACAAACAAAAAAACAUCAUGAGGGAUUUCAGAUGGGUAUAGUUUCAAAUUCCCUCUCUUUGUAGUUAUUUUAUAUUGUAUGAAAGACCAGUUUUGAAUGGUCUUUGAAUAGGAGGGGGAAGGAUUAGAAGUAAUUUCACUACAUCUCCCUUUGUUUCUGGCGUUUUUGAAUUGGUCACACAUCUUCCUUCUGAUGCUUGACUCGACUUGCUCUAUGGCAGCAGCAGUCUGCACUGAAAGAAAGGUGUGUUCAGUUCAUCAGCUUGAAGUUGAUUAUUUCAUUUUUUCCAGAAUUUUUUAGGAGAGUACCCCUCUUGUUUGUUUUAUAAAACAAAUAACAGGUCUCUUUAAAAGAAACAGAAGUGCACUGUACUUUUGCAAUACAAUGCUAUUAGUUUGGAUUUCUUUUUUUAUAUAUAAUAUUCAUACAGUUAUCAGAUGUUUGCCUUCAUUAAUAAAGCUGUUAGUUUAUUCACCAAAA